AUGCAGUUCUUCCAGAUUGCCUCCAUCCUCGCCGUCAUGGCCUCCUCCGUCUCCGCCGCGGUCACCGUCGGUUCCGCUUGCGAGGGUGCCGGCUACGAGUGUGUUUCCGGAAACGCGGCCAUCGCCUCUUGCGACGGCGCUAAGUGGCAGCUCGCUGCCAACUGCGGAGGCUGCUCCGACGCCUGCGUCAAGCCUGAUGUCUACUGA